GGGUCCCUGUACGGCCUCCAUUGCUGCUGUCUCCAUCGCCACACUGCUGCCUGUGCCACUUUCAGGUCUCCUCACGCUCCUGCUGGUUUCCAUUUUGUCAUAGGUUGCUGUAUGGCCUCACAUUGCUGCUGCCUCCACCGCCACACUGUGGCUCCAAACACUGGUUUUGGCCCCGUGACUGGCCAAAUGAGUGAAGUGUGCGGUGAUUUUAAGAUCGACGGCACUCAUCUGCAUGUCAUACUGACUGACAGUAUUAUUUCUCUUCCUCAGCAGACUCCAAGGGCAUUUAAAUUAAAGGUACAGUGUUCUGCACUAAUAUUA